AUGGUUGAAGUAAAUAAACUAAAAAGUAACAACAGUCAAGUUGGAUUGCUUCCUAUGGAUUUAGCGGAAUCUAAUGAAAGUGCGUCGCGUGACGUCUGUAAAACAAUGCUUUCCGACUACCAGGAUGUCAUAAAACAUAUUAUAACUGGCGACGAGUCUUGGAUCUACGCUUACGACCCGGAAACAGAUGAUCAAUCGGCCGAAUAUCGUGCCAAAGAUAAUUUUAGAAAUUCUGAAAUAAUAGUUUUCUCUGAAAUUAAUGAAAAUUCUAAUAUAACAUUAGUUCAAGAUGAUGUCGAAAUUCAUUUAAAGCUUCGCAAUAAAACAUCAAAUUACCCAGGAAAGCGAAAAAAGAGACAGUUGCCCAGACAAGCGGCUAAAAUUAGUGAUAGUAAUAAUCAAAACAGAGACAUGGUAUUUGAUGAGUCAUAUAUUCAGAAAGCAAGGGAGAUUAUAAGUAAGCAUAAUAUGAUAUGUAGCGAAAGAAAUCACCAAGAUGUAUGCAAAGACUUGGUUUCAAAGCUGCGGCUUUUGACAAGAAAUGCAGAAAAUGAUAAAACAGCCAAGAAAGAUCAUACAGAUAAAUAUAUUUUUAACAACAGAAAUGUGUUUGGUGAAAAGACUUCAACUGAUAUCUCUAAACGAGAUACAUUAGAUGCAAGAGGUGACAAAUCUUUGGAGCUCUUAAAUGGAAAUGAUGUUUCUUCUACUCUACACAAACACGAAUAUCCGCGUGAAAAACUAACCGACACCUGUCUUCUGGCUCGUCUUUUAAAGCAAAGCUAUCCCCAUUUGCAAGGUGUUUAUGACAAUACGAAUGCAGAGUUUGCGUCGUAUGCUCAUCCACACUCCACAAGGUUUAUGGACAAAUCGGAGCCUACUUCGUUAGAACAUUCUUCUAACUCCACCACAAAUGAGGUCACUUGCCCAGAAGGGACGAGAUCUUGUUUGAUCGGUGAAACUUGCAUUUCUGAGAAUCAGUGGUGUGAUGGAAACGUUGAUUGCACUGAUAUCAGUGAUGAAGCUCGGUGUAGUUGCAAGUCAAGAGUAGAUAAAUCUAGAAUUUGCGAUGGUUAUUUUGAUUGCCCUUUUGGGGAAGAUGAAAUGGGAUGCUAUGGGUGCAAUGAAAAUAUGUUCAGUUGCGAGGAUUUCGAUAAAAACUCUCAGAGCACUUGUUUCUCUAAGGAUCAAAGAUGCAACAAUAUACCCGAUUGCCCUAAUCAUAAGGAUGAACUAGACUGCAGCUUGCUUGCUCCGAGCUUACACAAAAAACCGAAUGCUGCCAUCGAGAGAGAUCUUUACGGCCGUAAUAAAAGGUUUCUACUUCAAAAAAGACUAUACCCCCUGAUGUUUUAUAGUAACCGAUUGAAAAGGCUUGCGGAUAAUGUAAUGGAAAAACCACACGUGAAUAAAAAUAGAAACAAAAGAACAGAGAGUAGAGUUGUCGGGGGAAGACCUAGUCAGCCAGCGGCAUGGCCUUGGGUAGUAGCUUUGUACAGGGACGGAAUGUUUCACUGCGGUGGCGUCAUUUUAAACCAGCACUGGGUUAUGUCAGCAGCCCAUUGUGUUAGCAAGUUUUGGGAGCAUUACUAUGAAAUACAAGUCGGCAUGCUACGACGCUUUUCGUUCUCACCGCAGGAACAAAAUCACCGCGUCACACAUGUUAUUGUAAAUCAAAAUUAUAACCAGGAAGAUAUGAAAAACGAUCUUUCAUUAUUACGGGUUAAACCUGGCAUGCAGUUUAGUCGUUGGGUACGGCCAAUUUGCUUACCUGGACCUGAAACGGCUGGUCCUAAUUGGCGAGUUGGUCCUGAUCCAGGAACUAUCUGCAUAGCUGUCGGUUGGGGUGCUACUGUGGAACAUGGACCAGAUCCUGAUCACAUGCGGGAAGUAGAAAUCCCUAUUUGGAGCCACUGCAAGCAUCAAGAAGAUGAAGCUGGCAAGGAAAUUUGUGCUGGAUUUGAAGAAGGGGGGAAAGAUGCAUGUCAAGGUGAUAGCGGAGGACCCCUUUUAUGUAGAAAUCCUCUAAAUGCACAGCAAUGGUUUGUAGCUGGUAUUGUCAGUCAUGGCGACGGAUGUGCACGUAAAAAUGAACCGGGUGUUUAUACAAGAGUCAGUAUUUUUACAGACUGGAUAAAAUUUCAUAUUCUUUCAAAUGGUCUACCAUCAAUACAGCCGAAACAGGAAUGUCCAGGGUUUAGAUGUGAAUCAGGUAUUACGAAAUGCUUACCUAAAAGAAGAAUGUGUGAUGGAAUAAUUGAUUGCUUAAGUGGUGAAGAUGAGAUCAGUUGUGAUUACAAGAAUCUAAAGACGUUUAGUGAUAAUACUUUAAGCGAAAGUAAUAAUGUAACAGAAAUCGAAAACGAAAAACUAAAAACAGUAACUGACAUCUUUGAAAAAGGUGAAAAUACAGACAAAAAUUUAAAAAUUUCUUUCUUGUCUUCUACACCAAACACACUGAAUACUGUGACAGAAUUCGAUAAUUUAGAAAUACAUACAUCAAAAUCUGAAGACAUAAUUUCAACGGUUAAGCAGGAUAUAAAUAAUUCUUUACAAUACCUUACAUCUUUGGAAAACGAUUUAAAGCAUGCGUCAACUAUUGAAAUCGAUAAUACUUCUGAAGAAACAAGUGUGAAACAAACUUCGAACGAACAAGUAACUCUUGACCCUAUAAUAUUAACUACCAAUGAAAUAUUGGAUACACAUACAAUAUUCAUUAAUAAACCAAAUAAUAUUUUGAAAACAAUAUCAUCGCAUGUAAAAGAGAACACUAAUAAAUUUAAGGAAUCGAGUGAACUAUCUGAAGAUAAAACAACUACUGAAACCACAGCGUCUUUAAAUUUUGCUUCUCUAAAAAAUAUAAAUAACCAAAUUUCAACAAUAAAUGAUGAAGUAACAACUUUAAAAAGCUUAUUCCAAUCGACAGAGCAAAAUGAAAUGAAAACAACUAAUCACGAACUGGAUCAGAUUAUUUUUUCUAAAUGGAAUAAUGGUGGGAAUACAACAGAAAAUACUUUUCAAGUUAUGUUAAACCAAGAAAGUAAGAUACACGUUGAAGAGCAUUCUUCUGAAUCUCUAACAGAAAUUUCAAAUCAUCUAGAAGAAAAUGUUAUAAUAACAAAUCCACCGACAAGUAGUCUAGGGGAAAUGACUCAUCAUUAUAAUGUACAAAACCAAAACGGAUCUGAUUUUACUGUUUAUGAAAAAACUCAGAAUAUUUCAUAUAAAAUAGAAAAACUUCUUCCUGCAAAAAUUCUAAAUAAACAUCGAGUUCCAAUAGAAUUUCAAUGUAGACGCAUUAAUCAAUCUGUGCCUUUUGAUAAGCGUUGUGACAACAAAGCGGACUGUGAAGAUGGUACGGACGAACAAGAUUGUACAUGUGUAGAUUAUUUGCUUACAUUUAACGAAAAUCUUGUAUGUGAUGGAAAUUUUGAUUGCAUAGCUGGAGAAGACGAACUCGACUGUUUUGCUUUAUCAAAUGGUAAAGAAAUCUUUUACGAAUUUGAUGGACGACCAAAGUUAAAAUUAGAUGGAUUUGUAUCAGUAAAACACAAAGGUGACUGGCAAAUUUAUUGUGAAGAUAAUUUGUCUUUACAACAACAAGAACAAAAUGCAAAUGAUAUUUGUCAUUAUUUAGGAUUUCGGUAUGUACCAGAAGAUAAUCAGACCGUUUGUAUUGCAGUAGGUGAAGAUCAAAGUAAUAGUACAAUAAGCGUGCUGGUGAAUGAAACAACACACAACUGUUCUGCUCAUAAUAGAUGUUUUGUACUACGUUCGAAUUCCAGCAUUUGCUCUCCAAACACAAUGUCACAACGACCUUGGGCUGGAAUUAUCAGCUGUCAUACUAACCUGGGAUGGUACCCUGCUGCCUCGUUCGUAGAUAGCAGGGGAGAAUGUGGAAUAAGCAACAGGAUAAUAAGUACUGAUAUUGGAAAUAUUAAAAAUGAAAUGAAGUUUUUAAAAGAUAUUGACUAUCCAGGAUCCUCGAAUAUGGAUCAAUUUGAUGAAUGUGAGGGACAAAGAUGUGGACGCGGACGAUGUAUAAAAUUACGUAACACUUGUGAUGGAAUAAGGCAUUGCGAAGAUGGGAGGGAUGAAUCCAAAGAAGCUUGCGAAAAAAAGUCUCGCAUUUGUUCUGAAGAUCCUCAUCACGGUGGAUGUGACUGUACGGCUGAUCAACUAAAAUGUCAAAACGGUCAAUGUAUACCAAAAGAAUUAUUCAAAGAUGGUCGAGACGAUUGCGAGGAUGGUACUGAUGAGCCUGGUCAGACGAUUUGUUCCGAUUACCUCAGUCGCGUCAUGCCUUCGAGACUUUGUGACGGAAUACUUCAUUGUCAUGAUAGGAGUGAUGAAAAUCCUAAGUUUUGCAAAUGUUUUGCCAGGCACAGUUUCAUGUGUAAUGGAACUUCAGUGGAAGGUGAUUGUGUCGCUUUUGAUAUGGUUUGUGACGGUAUACGUGAUUGUCCUAAUGGAAAAGAUGAAAACACAUGUCUUGCGUUAAGUGCUCCUCAGGGCACACCUUAUGGUACGGGAAAGGUGAUUGUGCGGACUCACGGAGUGUGGUACACGAAAUGUUUUUCCUCACAAAACCACACAAAGUCCCAUCUUGAAGGCAUUUGCAGACAACUGGGCUUCAUAAGUGGCCACGCAAAACAGUUACCGAUGCCUGAUAAAAUGAUAACACACCCUCAUAACAACCUUAUAGUGGAUUCUUUUAAUGAGGUUGUUUUCAAUGACAAGACAAAAAUAAAACUGAGAAAUACACAUUCAGCAAUAGCAAAAGCAGUAAUUGAUGAUAAUUUAAAAGAUUGUUAUCCACUUUUUAUUGAAUGUCUCUAA